AGAUUCAUUCUGGAGCUUGUUUCUACAGGCUAAAAGAAAUGCCUCAAUUACGCAUACUGCAGUUGCCGGCAUUGAUUGGAAACAAUUUCACGGCAGACUUGGAUAGUAUUCUUUCUCGUCCGUUGGGCAUCCAUCAGAGCUUUUGUUCAAGAAGUUGGUUCCUGCUGUUGCACUCAGCUUGCACAAGUGUUGAAGGAUUACGGAAACGCGCAUAUAGUAUACUUACUCCAUCGAUGCUUUACAUUCUGAAGACGUUGGAUGCCUUGCAGUUCAUGGCUUUUGAUAAUGCUCAUUGUUUCCAAGAUUGUGGUGAUCCUCCAUUGCCAGAAAAUGAUCUUGUUCUGGAUGCUGCUACUGUUGGACAUCCGGAAAAUUUUCUUGCAGUUGUGAAACUCAGCCGGAGAUUUCAGGUGGUUGAUGUGAAACGUUGGGCUGGAUUGGGGGCAAGUUCGGCAGCGAGUGAAAAUGGACAGGAGAUUGUUGAAUUGAAGGAAGAUGGCAAAGUGCUCAUGAUAAAGAAGUUGUUCGACUUAUUGGAUGCCAAAAGACAAGAAAUUGAGAAAUUGAACAUUGAAUUAGAAUACUGGAGAUCUCCAUGGACUGGUUUGUGUCCCAUUUGGAAUGGUGCUGACGUGGAUGUGAUUGUCGGCGUUGUGCUACAAACUGCCAAAGACAUCAAGGACUUAUCACAGUUUGUGGAAAGCAUGGCUGACAUUGUGAAGAUGGUGGAUCUACAGAAAGAAGAUGACUCAUUGCUGGAAUUCAGGGCCUGUGCAAAUAUUUUUUUGUGCCUGCAAAAAAUGGACUCUACCACUAAAAGGAAGAAAGCCAGCCCCAUGGACCCACUGGACAGAAGAUACACACUGCAUCAGGAAGAGUGGGGUUCAUCAUUUGCUGCCUGGAGAUCUUACAAUUUAUUGCAUGAAGCAAGCCAGGCGUAUAAGGUGUGGAAGAAGCUAGUCGCAUGGGAUUUUCGGCAGGCUCCCUUAGUUAUGGGAGAUCGGAAUCCCUUUUCUAACAACCUCGGAGGAUGGCGUCCAGUCUAUGUCCGACCAAGGAUGAGGGAGGAUGGCUGGGUUUCGGGUACUCCCCAGCAGUUCAGGCGGUAUAAUAGAAGUUUGUGGUCAUUUGUUCACAGCGAAUCGUUCACUUUAAACUUCGUCUAUCUGGAGCUUAUCCGAGGGGAAACGCCCCAAGAGGACUUGAAGCAGGAAAUAACGGCGAAACAAGCAUCACCCGAAGAAGGAAUAACCUCAGCACCUUCGUCGACAAUCGACAUCAGUGCUGCGGCAUCAAAUCAAGCAACAACGAGGCAAGAGGAACCAGCAGACACUCCAUCUAGCGGAGAAACGCCGCAGAAGGUGGAACAAAUUAAUGCAGAACUCGGGCCGGAAGCAUCGCAACCCAUGGGAUCGAUCCUGUUCAACAACUGUACAUUAUACCCUGGAACCUACGCGCUGGCGCUGUUGAAAGCUUGGGGAUUUCAGGAGGAAAUUAUCUCCGAUCAAUGUAAAGGAAUGAUCAGGGUGAACGAUGCAUGCUGGUUAUUCGCGGGGAUCUCGUACCUAAGCCGGGAUGAAGCGAUCUGGGAGGAAAUUCAGCAGCAAAUUCCCACGCAAAUGUCCAACAGAGAAAAGGCAUCCGCUGAAUCCCAGCUGGACGCAUCAGGAAUGCAGAAGGAACCAGUCACCCCAUCUGCCGGGAAAACACCGCCGGCGGAGCCUUUCAUAAUUACUGAUGCGGAAAUGAAGCAGGACAAAUCGACCACAACUUUUGCAACAAGAGAAGAAUUGAUCAGAACCACCGAAGCUGAUGAUGAGAAAACGCGAGCAAUGAUUAAAACACUUCCUGAGAAGUAUCAGCGGUGUGACUUAGGUGCGGGGGGAGUCGCCGUGUUUGGGCUUGAUCAAAUUCCAUUUGGAGAUCUCUCUGAGGAAUUCUGGGAUGAAUUCCCACCACAAGAUAUAUUGCGUUUCGAGAACAAAUCGGGAGAUAAGGAAGGAUCGAAGCAGUUAUACAAGGUGUGGAAGAAGCUAUUCGAUUUUGGUUUCCGUGAGGAACCCUAUGUUCCUGCAAACGCCUGUCAUUCACUUCCGGAAAUCCGAAGGAGCGAUGGCUGGUUAACCUGCGGUAAUCCAUCUGAUCACAGAAGUCCACCAGAGGUAUAUAAGUUCUUCUUGAAAUUCGGCGUUCACACCUAUGCGUCCUACAACUUCUUGUACCUGGUGCGUCGGGAAACUGCCAAGGAUGACUUGAAAUGGCGAAAUCCAGAAUUGAAUUAUGAGCUGGCUUGGUCUACGUACAAGCAUAGAUUCACUUUCAAAUUCAAAAUGAGCAUGGGCAAGAUUGAGAGCCUGCCUGAGAUGCAUCCUCCAAAGCAGUGUGACUUAGGUGUGGGGGGAGUCGCCGUGUUUGGGCUUGAUCAAAUUCCAUUUGGAGAUCUCUCUGAGGAAUUCUGGGAUGAAUUCCCACCGCAAGAUAUAUUGCGUUUCGAGAACACAUCGGGAGAUAAGCAAGGAGUGAAUCAAGCAUACAAGGUGUGGAAGAAGCUAUUCGAUUGGGGUUUCCGUGAAGAACCCAGCAUCGUUGCUGAAAAUGCCCGCAAAGGCUACCCCGUUCCAACAAUCAGAAGCAAUGGCUGGUUUCCCUGCGGUAAUCUAUCUGAUCGGUCUUCAGGUGGUCUCCAUAUAUUCAAGAAGAACUUUAAGCCGCAAGUGUGGAUACGCAGGAUGUUGAAGAACAUGGACCACGCAGCCCUUUGA